AUGGAGCACCAGAUUGCCGUUCUUAGGCGGCAGUAUCUACAACUCCUGGAACCAUCUUGUCUCUCCUUCCCCCCGUUACAUCUCCUGCAACAGCCGGUUUUCCAAGCCGCGUUAUGUACUGGUUUGUUCAUCCCCGGGACUCGGGAUGCAGCGCCUCCGCCGCCACCGGAGAGGUAUACUGCACGGGUUCUCAAGAGGCUGACCUCUCUGCUGUCGGAGGGGGGGAUUCAACAGCGCACUGUGGCCGACACUGUUGUCGCUGAAAACUCACUUCAAGAAGAGGAAGAAAAUGUACGCUCUCAACCCCCUCACAAAAAGUCGAAGCCCGACCAACUCCCGGCCUCACCUAAGCGCCAGGAAAUCGACGAACGCAUACUAUCCCUUUAUACUCGCCUUCUGUCGAAUACGCCCUCUUCCUCUAUUACCCCCUUCCCACCGACCUCAAAGGAGAACGUGACAUAUACUCUUCCACCCUCACCCUUCUCUGGCCGCCCCAUUGGCCCGCCCAUCACAUUAUUAGAAUCCCGCGCCGUGAUAUCCGGGAGUGGGACGACAGGUCUAAGGACCUGGGAGGCGGCGUUGGCACUAGCGGAGUAUCUUAUCGUGAGUCACUUGGAGAGGUUUUAUAGGUUUCCAGGAGCCGUAGUGGCGGGGACGAGGCUGGUAGAGGAGGUGGGAAGUGUGCUGGAGUUGGGGGCAGGGACAGGUCUGGUGGGGAUUGUGGCGGCUAGGCUGGGCGCAGGGAGGGUGGUUGUUACAGAUGGUGAUGAGGGGGUUUGUGAUUCCUUGAAAUCUGGGCUGGAGAGGAAUGGUGUAGCGGAUGUGGUGAGUGUUAAGAGGUUGAUGUGGGGUGAGGGUGAGGGAAAGGAGAGUAAUGAGGGUAAUGAGGGAGAAAGGUUUGAUCUGGUUGUCGGGGCUGAUGUGAUAUACGAUGGCUCUACCAUCCCACCCUUCGUAGCCGAAUUAGUACGGCUGUUUCGCAAAAACCCUUCCGCUAAGGUCGUCAUAUCCACUACAAUACGCAACGAAGACACCUUUUCCCUCUUCCGAGAUUCCUGCGCGGAAAACAGCCUAUUGCUCUCGGAGAACACCUGGACGCCGCCAACCCCUCCAAUUUUUUACUAUCCUACAGAUACCCCGAUUCGCAUCUCACACGUAACAAGGGAAUCCCCAGAGUAACAGACAUGAAAUAACAAA